AUGUCUUCGACCAACGUUUCGAUCCACGAAUUUAGGAAAUCCAAAGGAAAUCUCGAACCGCGACCUCACUGGCUCUACACCGGAACAUCGGCAGCAGAACAGGCCCCAAGUCAGGUUCAAGUGCCCAGCUUGAACACGAUUUCUCCGCAAGCGUCCGACGACGAAGACGAUGGUGGUGACACCGAGACGGAGAAGGAUAACGACGUCCCGCCUGCGUUCCCUGCUCUGAACAGCGCGCAGAGGGUCCAAACUUCAAGGACCCCAAAGAUCUUGACAGACUCGCAGCUGAUGCCGCCGCCACCUUUCCCUUCUCUCGCUGUGCGACAGCCUGGCGUCCCAUCGACACGAGGUAAUUCGCUGGCUGUCCCACCUAGCACGACGAAGCCACCUCCGAAACCGAGCAAGAAGAGCGGGAAGGUCGCUCUUGCGCCAGGACAUAGUCCACUAGAUUGGGCGGCCUUGAAGACCUCCGGGGCGGAUCUGAGGGGAGUUGACUCCUUGAUGCGCAUACCACCGUCGGUGCUCAAGCAGCACAACAAGCGCGACGAUGCUUGGUCCGCCUUCAACGGCAAGGUGUAUAAUAUUACACCAUAUCUGCCGUUCCACCCUGGAGGAGAGAAGGAGUUAAUGCGCGUUGCAGGCCGAGAUGGGACGAAGCUUUUCGCUUCGACGCAUGGUUGGGUCAAUGUCGACUUUAUGCUCGAUGCCAGCCUCGUCGGAUUCCUUGUUCCCGAACCCUCGUCUUAG